AUGUACAAGUAUAUCUGUUGUGGACUUCUACCCUUUCCUCAUAUUAUCAAAUUGAUCUUUCUCUUCCUCUUAUACUGCAGAUUCACAGACGUUCAGAUCCGCCUGAUGAAGGACACGCUGAAGCAUCCUAAGGGAUUCAUGCUGGGUGCUCCUGAGAUCCUUCAGUUAAACUCCAACAUCAUGCAGACUAUUAGAGCGAAAAAGGUGCUUGAUAUCGGGGUGUUUACGGGAGCCAGUGCAUUAGCGGCUGCCCUCGCCCUCCCUCCUGAUCAUGGCGGCCAGGUGCAUGGUCUCGACAACAAUGAGGAGUACACUAACAUGGCCAAGAAGUACUGGAGUGAGGCUGGGGUGUCCGACAAGAUUCACUUGCACAUCGGAGACGCAACCGACACUCUCCAGAAGUUCAUCGAUGAAGGUCAGGCUGGCUCCUACGACUUUGCCUUCGUUGACGCUGACAAAAACGACUACAACCGCUACUUUGAGCAAUGCCUGGUGUUGGUGCGGUCUGGAGGCAUCAUCUCAUUCGACAACACACUCUGGAGGGGCAGUGUUCUUGACCCUCAGAACCAGAGUGACUUCACAGUAGCUGUUCGGGAAUUCAACCUGAAGGUGAAGGAUGACAAACGUGUCAAUAUAUCCUUCCUUAAGAUUGGUGAUGGCUUGACAAUUUGUUUUAAAAAAUAGGAUUAUGCAGUUAUGAAGUCCCUUGUAUUUGUAAUACUAAUUACAGGAAACAUUCCCCUUUAAAGCUUAUAUAAACGAUUGUUACCUUCAUGAAAAAAAGCUUUUGUGUGUAUAAUUAUGCCUUAUUAAUAAUGAGUGAUAAGCUGAAAUCAUGCAUUAAUAAUAUACAUCAUAACAUAGAGGUCGCGUUAUAAGUCAUGCCCGAUGUAAAUUUUUAGGAAUUGAUGUUUUGUUUGUUUUAGAUAACUACUAGAGAUGGCUGACCCCUAGAGAUGGCUGACCCCAUGAGGAAUGAACCGCAUGAAAAAAAAUGGAACCAGUGCUCCUGCACAUUGCUGGAAUGAAUUGAAAAGAGGUUUGUUAAGAAUUCCAACAUCUGCACCCAGAGAAGCCAAAGCCGAAUUGCCGUAUGGUUCAACUUUUGCUACGGUUUAUUCCUCAUGGGGUCAACCAUUUCUACUUACAUACCGUUUUGAGAGUUAAUAUCUCGCAAAUUACAGUUUGGUUUACAAAAUAUUGAGAAACAGAUGAUUUGAUUUGUAUUGUCAAUAUGAUUAUUAUGCUAAUUAAGAUAUUCCUAGCAAGGAUUAGGAAUGAAAAUUGGCGAAAUAUUUUGUCAUCAACUCCCAAAUUUCCAUGUAAGCGACCAUGGGGAGUUAUUACAGUGCCAUAAUUUUUAAAGAAAAUUAUAUCAUGCUGUAGAGAAAAUAUAUACUAUGUAUUCCCUCCAAAAAGCCCUGCCUUGUCGCCCUGAGGGUGCCUUAGGAUUAAGCCAAUCACAGUAACUAGUAAGGGUGACGUCAUAGGCAUAUCUGGGCUGAUUGGCUAGAGACUAGAGUUUCGUACUUAGUAACAUAUGCGCUCGAUUUUCAAACACAGAGUCUGUGUUUGGAAGUGUUUAAGUGUAGAGGUGUAUGGGGGGUCGACAGAUUCAACAUGGCAAAAUAUAUAUAAGUAAGUGCACUUAAGGCUUUAUCUGUUUCACGAAAUGUAUUGCGAUUCAUGAGACCCCGUUUAACUAGCUAGGAGAAUAGGUUAUUAUUUUGAAAGUGUGACUGUCCAUUCUGAAUAACGUCGUUAAUGAAUGAAGAAACGUUAAGGAUAGUUCUCAAUUCCCUUCCCUCUGUGUAUGGAGUAGAGUAUUCCUCAUCGGUGUCUUUGUAGUAUACAGUGAUAAAGUGCCCCCAUGAGUAACAACAUGACUAUCAUAUGUUUCCCCUAGUAUAUACGAGUAUGUUAGUGCAUUAUUUACUUACUCCCUCCUUACCUUUCCUCUCUCUCACUCCAGUUCAUCUAUGGGCACCGUAGGAAGAGGUCACACCCGCUCGUCGUCCUCUGACUUCAGCGCUGUGUGAAUGCCUUUCUCUUUUGUCGGAUCACCAGUAUGGUGAUCUGCUCUCCUAUUGCGCCCAUCUUUGGUCAUCCUCUCUAAGGGAUU